AUGGCUGAAAGCAGAGAUGAGACCCUGGCAGACGGCGCCCCAUGCAGCGGCAGGUUCACCAUUCGCUCCUUGAUCAGCACAGAGGAAAGUGCCAAAUCUCAGUAUGGGCAACAAGAAGCAGCCUAUGAUACCUUUAACGUCAAUAAUCUCACCCAGUCCAGUACCUUUUACAUGAGAACUUUUGGAUACAAUACUCUUGACGCCGUACCAAGUUAUGACCACUAUGCUAAUACUGAAGUAUCUGGAGAGGUGAAGAAAUCCAGGCCUACACUGGAAGAUCUUCACUCUAUCCUAAAGCAAGAUCACCUGCGGCCUCCUGUGUACGAGGCCAGUUUGGACCCUCCCGAUGGCGAAACUGAGGGUGCAGCGCAAAAGCCUGAUGGAGAACCUGUCAGAUUUGGGUGGAUGAAAGGAGUAAUGAUCCGCUGCAUGCUGAAUAUCUGGGGAGUGAUUCUGUAUCUGCGGCUGCCAUGGAUCACUGCUCAGGCUGGGAUAGCGCUAACCUGGCUUAUUAUCUUCAUGUCUGUGACGGUCACCACCAUCACAGGAUUGUCCAUCUCAGCCAUUUCCACCAAUGGGAAAGUCAAGUCAGGUGGGACCUAUUUCCUCAUCUCUAGAAGUCUUGGUCCUGAGCUUGGAGGUUCCAUCGGGAUGAUAUUUGCAUUUGCGAAUGCUGUGGCAGUUGCUAUGCAUACUGUUGGAUUUGCGGAGACCGUCCGCGAUCUACUGCGGGAUUUCGACUCAACCAUUGUGGAUCCAAUCAAUGACAUCAGAAUUAUUGGCAUCAUAACUGUGUUUGUCCUGUUAGGAAUCUCACUAGCUGGCAUGGAGUGGGAAGCAAAGGCUCAGGUUCUGUUCUUCAUUGUGAUCAUGGUGUCGUUCAUAAACUAUUUGGUUGGGACAGUGAUUCCUGCCACGGAUGAGAAAAAAGCUAAAGGCUUCUUCAGCUAUCGUGCUGACAUCUUUGCUGAGAAUUUCGUGCCUCAGUGGAGAGGACAAGAUGGUCAUUUCUUUGGAAUGUUCUCCAUCUUCUUCCCAUCAGCCACUGGAAUUCUUGCCGGAGCCAACAUCUCUGGGGAUCUAAAGGACCCGGCAGUGGCUAUUCCUAAAGGCACUCUGAUGGCCAUUUUCUGGACUACUGUCUCCUAUCUGGCUAUAUCCGCCACUAUUGGCUCUUGUGUGGUUCGGGAUGCCUCUGGAAGUUUGAAUGACACCUUUAUUGAUGGAGGCACAAACUGUGUUGGAUUGGCGUGUGGGUAUGGGUGGAACUUUACUGACUGUGCCCUUAAACAGAACUGUAAAUACGGAUUGAGCAAUUAUUACCAGGCAAUGAGUAUGGUAUCAGGAUUCGCUCCUCUUGUCACUGCUGGGAUUUUUGGUGCCACACUGUCAUCUGCUUUGGCCUGUCUGGUCUCUGCACCCAAAGUGUUUCAGUGCCUCUGUAAAGACAAUCUCUACCCACUGAUUGGUUUCUUCGGGAAAGGCUAUGGAAAAAACAAUGAACCGAUUCGGGGAUACCUCCUCACCUUCCUUAUUGCCUCCGCAUUUAUCCUCAUUGGUGAAUUGAACACCAUUGCUCCCAUCAUCUCUAAUUUCUUCCUGUGUUCGUAUGCCCUGAUUAAUUUCAGCUGUUUCCAUGCAUCUAUAACUAAUUCUCCAGGCUGGAGACCUUCAUUUAAAUAUUACAGUAAAUGGGCCUCACUGUUUGGAGCAGUAGUGUCUGUAGUCAUCAUGUUCCUGCUGGCCUGGGAAUCUGCUCUGAUUGCUAUCGGUAUUGUCAUCUUCUUGCUGGCUUAUGUCCUGUAUAAGAAGCCUGAGGCAAACUGGGGUUCCUCUGUACAGGCGGGAUCCUACAACAUGGCUCUGUCUUACUGUGUGGGGCUCAACCAAGUGGAGGAUCACAUCAAAAAUUUCAGGCCGCAGUGUUUAGUCCUGACUGGACCUCCCAAUUUCCGGCCCGCUCUUGUGGAUUUUGUGGGAACGUUUACAAAAAAACAGAGCCUAAUGAUAUGCGGGAAUAUAAUUAUUGGCCCGAGAAAACAGAAACUCCAGGAACUGAACCCAGAUGGUCAUGUCAAGUGGCUGAAUAAGAGAAAGAUUAGAGGCUUCUAUACAGGGAUAAUUGCCGAUGACCUGCGCAGUGGUGCUCAGAUGCUCAUCCAGUCUGCUGGCCUAGGUCAGAUGAAGCCAAAUGUCCUGUUUUUGGGAUAUAAGAAGAACUGGCAGACAUCUCACCCCAGGAACGUUGAAAGCUAUGUGGCAAUGCUGCAUGAUGCUUUUGACUUUAACUAUGGUCUGUGUGUGCUCAGGAUGAAGGAUGGUCUCAAUAUAUCCCGCGUCAUGCAGGCUCAUAUUAACCCUAUGUUUCAACAAACGGAGGGACCAACACUGAAGGAAGAGGGUGAGAAUGGAGCAGACUGUCUACCACAAGGGACAUUGGACCCAGAGGCUGUUACCGCUGAACAACAGGCCAGCACUAUUUUCCAGAUUAACCAGGAGAAGAAGACAAUUGAUAUUUACUGGCUGUUUGAUGAUGGAGGACUUACGCUACUGAUUCCUUACCUUCUGAGCCGCAAAAAGAGAUGGGAGAAAUCUAAGAUUCGAGUAUUUGUUGGAGGACAGAUCAACCGGAUGGAUGAAGAACGCAAAGCGAUAAUUUCUCUGUUGAGUAAAUUCAGAAUUGGAUUUCAUGAGGUGCACGUCUUACCAGAUAUCAACCAGAAACCUCGGUCUGACCAUGUGAAGCGGUUUGAAGAUCUUAUUGCUCCAUACAUGCUGAAUGACGGCUGCAGAGAUGAGGCUCUAGUAAACGAGAUGAGACGGGACUGUCCAUGGAAGAUCUCAGACGAGGAAAUCACUAGAAACAAGGCCAAGACUUUGAGACAAAUCAGAUUGAACGAGGUGUUACUGGAUUAUUCCCGGGAUGCGGCUCUAAUUGUCAUAACAAUGCCCAUUGCUAGAAAGGGGAAAUGUCCCAGCUCUCUGUAUAUGGCUUGGCUGGAGACCCUGUCACAAGACCUGAGACCUCCUGUCCUACUAAUCAGGGGGAACCAAAAGGACGUCCUGACAAUGUACUGUCAGUAAGAAGUGAUCCACCGCCAUCUGUAAAUACCAAGAGGAACUGGCAGGGCCUGACCAAGGCUACUGGGACAUAAGCAUUCCACCAUAUGUAGGCUCGUUAAAAUUCAAUUAGCCAUUCCAUUAUCUUGUAUGGCUUGUACAUAUACUGUAGCUCUGUGGCAGGAUAGUAGAUUAUUGUCAGUACAGAAGUAAAUUAUAAUCAAGCUGCACUAGUUGGCUUUUAUAAUGAUAAAACAAUCAUACAGUAUAUUCACAGUAAUUUGAGGAGAUAUCUAUCAUAUUAGAAACCAAUCAGUUGCUAUAGCAACCAAUCAGAUUCUAGCUAUUAUUUAUCUAGUACAUUCUAUAAAAUAAUAUAAUAUCUAGAAUAUUAUUGGUUGAUAUGCGCAACAUCUCCACUUGUCGUGUUUCGAAUGUUUGAUACAUUUCCCCACAAUUCUUUGAACUUUGUAACAGUUUUAAGUCGUAAGCACUAUCCUAGUUUGCCUGGUACUGUACAUCAUUUUCGAUAAUGAGGCCCUGCACCACCCACAAGUUGUACACCCAGCAAAAUAGAUAUGAUAAUGUAGAUUCAGACUAAAUGGACUGUGGCUAUAUAAAUAAUACCCGU